CCGGAUCAAAGGCGGAGGUGGUUUUCUACGCGGUCCCGGGUGGCCCCAGAGCUCAAGCAGUACCGACCUUCUCCGGCCCAGUGCCCCUGGAGAGCCGCCGAGGUGGGGUCAGCCGCGCAGUGCCACUCCGGGCGCCAGGGGCUGUCGGGGGUUCGCAGGUUGAGACCAGCUGCAGCCAGGCCCAGCGAAGCCCGCGGAGAGGAGCGCAGCGCAGCGCAGGCGCGCCCUCCUCGGCUCUUGGCCCAGCGUCCGGCCAGGCUGCAGGCGCGCACCGGGGCGCCGCCGAGGAACAAAGCGGAUGGUUUACUGCUUUCGUCGCCUCCAUUCCAAAUGAGGACGCCGCGGCUUUGUAGCCAGAUCUGAGCAAGCUCUAGAUGGUAAAACCCAGAACUUUUUUUUUUUUUUUUUUUUUAAAUUGAAGCCUCCCAGCCGCGGUCCCAGCUCUGUCGCCGUGCCUCCUCGUCGGGAUCGCUGCUCUGGGCCCCACGGGCGCAGCGGACAAAGAAACGAGCGGCCGCCCCCGGGGAGAGUCCGCGCUCGGUGGGAUCCGGAGCUGGCGGCGAGCGGGCGGGGAGAGCUGCGCGCGGAGACGCUGGAACCGUGCGGGUGGGUCCGCCGGUCGCCACCGCGCGCGCCUGGGCGCCCCGAGGUUCCCCCUGCGGAAGGUCCGUGUGCAGUCCGCAGCGCACUACAUCGAGAGGAGGUGUGCCGACAGAAAGGAUCCGAAAUGCAGGAAGGUACGUCGCUUUAAAAAGUUUUUAAAAAUGCAGUGAUGGUUGCUUCUUUAGGAAAGCACAUGGACGCAAUUCUCCGUACGCACUUAAAAAUACAAGCGACUGCGCCCUGAUUGCCAAGCAGCUCUUCAGCGCGGUGGCGGGAAUAUUCUCUACCUUGUCUGGGGGUGAUGAUGACAGAGGAACUAAGUUGUCAAAAUUGGUAGAAACUACACUGAAGAUCUGCGUAUUGUAUCGAGUGUACCCGGCACGUCAGUUGAAAAAAAAAAAAUCGCACAUACAUCUGCUCGCAUAGAAAAAGCUAAUAAGCACCCUGUUGAGCCCAGAAAAAGCCGCUACAGCGCCCCUGUAGAUACGCAUUUUGGCAACUGAGCGCGACUCCGUGGGGUUGUUUAUUUUUGCAAGAUGGGCCCGGCCGGGAAAGGGGAGCGAGAGGGCUGCUGACAUCACUCGGGGCGGGGCCGCAGCGCGGAGAAAAGUCGGAGGGACCCGAGCCGCCCAGGCACAGCCUCAGCAUGAGCAGCCACAACGCGUCCGAGCUCCCCAUCCUCUGCAGCUCCGGCCAGCUGCUCCUGCAGCCGCUCUGGGACCGACUGCGGGCCCAGGAGGCGCUCACGCAGUCGCCCUUGUUCGCGGUCCUCUUUUCCAUCACCACGUACGUGGGCUUCUGCCUGCCCUUCGUGGUGCUGGACGUCCUGUGCCCCUGGGUGCCCGCGCUGCGGCGCUACAAGAUACACCCGGACUUCUCGCCGACGGCGCGGCAGCUGCUGCCCUGCCUGGGGCAGACCCUCUACCAGCACGUGGUGUUGGUGCUCCCCUUGACGCUGCUGCACUGGGCCCGCGGCCCAGCGCCCUGGCCCCGCGAAGCCCCUGAGCUGCUGCAGCUGGCGCGCCACGUCGUGGGCUGCCUGCUGCUCUUCGAUGCCGAGUUCUUCGCGUGGCACGUGCUGCACCACAAGGUGCCAUGGCUCUACCGCACCUUCCACAAGAUGCACCACCAGAACGCAGCCUCAUUCGCGCUGGCCACGCAGUACAUGAGCGCCUGGGAGCUCUUCUCCUUGGGCUUUUUCGACAUGGUGAACGUCACGCUGCUCCAGUGCCACCCGCUCACCGUCCUGGUGUUCCACGUGCUCAACAUCUGGCUGUCGGUGGAGGACCACUCCGGCUACGACUUCCCCUGGUCCACGCACAGACUCGUGCCUUUCGGAUGGUAUGGCGGCGUGGCACACCACGACCUGCACCACUCGCAGUUCAACUGCAACUUUGCCCCUUACUUCACGCACUGGGACAAAAUCCUGGGGACUCUGCGGUCAGCUCAUGCCAAGUGACUCACAGCCUCCCUCCCAGGCUGCGGUGGGGUGGCGCAGGGGGUGCCUCCCCCCACUCCGACCCAGGACUGCCGCAGGGCACUUCACACUUGAAUCAGGAGAAACACACCUGAGCUGUUGUGUCUUGUUUUGGUUUUGUAAGUAAUUUAUUACCUGCUGGAGAUUUAAAAUCUGAUGUAUUUUUAGUCUGAUUAAGUAAUUUAUAUGGUUUCUGUAUACUGGCAAUUGUAUUCUUGGAGUCUUGGAGUCAAAUUCUAGCUCACUUCAAUAGCCUUGGUUCCCGGAUAUGUUAGACGCUCAUCACUGGCAUAUUUAAAUCAUCUCAAAAAGGAUUUGAUUGUAGGACAAGGAAGGUCCUGUGUUUCAAAGUGUCAUAGAAAUGGGCUAAAAUAACGUCUUCUUACGGAGCAUAGGACCUCUGACUCUAUUAGCAACAAACAUGUUCCUGCUGGACAGUGAUCACAAUUGUUGUGCUUUUUUCUAUUUUUUCAUGUAACAAUAUAUUUAUAUUGAAAGAAAUGUUAUUUGUACUUAAGAAAGAAAGAAAGAAAGAACAGAAUGUAAACCAAACAAGUUCUGCCUGCUGUUUCCUGGGCAUUUAGACUGAUCAGUACUAAAACGGGAAGAGGGAGCUGGGGCGGCAGGUGACCUCCAUCAGCCACAGAAGGAGAGGAGUCUGG